CAUAUUUGUAUAACAAAGCUAUAUGUGAAUAGCUUUAGGUAACUGUAUGAACUCACUUUUCAUCUAAACACUUGUAUCAAGCUUCUGGAGGAUUAGAAAAUAAAGCGUGGACUUUCUGCUCAAUAUGCUGUUAGUGGAUAUACAGGACUGAUAGUGGUGUACUGACUGUUAAAGCUCCUGUGAGGAGUUUUUAUCAGGUUAUGAAACAGCAUGAAACUAAACCUGUAGCUUAUUAAUGUCCCACAAAAGCAGACAAGACCAUCAGGUUUAUUGUUGACUAACUUUUAUAGUUAUCUUUAAUGCCUGGAAUUGCUGCCUCAGGGUAGGUGUCAGCCAAAAUAUAAACGACAUGCUGCUGAAACAACCAAGGUUCUUGAUGAGAGAAAAGCAAAACAAACUAACAAAAAACUACUUUCAUAUAUAUAGGACAAGAUCAGUAAAAAGAUCAGAGGUGCCAAAACACAAAGCAGUUUGUCACAGGAGCUUUAAAUCAUCAAGUUGUUGAUAAUAAGUAAUCAAUCAAUUCCGGAUGGAUCACAGUGCAUAAAAAUGCUUCAUUCAAACCAGUUUUUGGGUUAAACUGCGUGAACGAGCAACUUUAAAGACAAAUAAAAUCAUGUUGAUGGUUAAAAAAAAGCACCAGAACAAGAGAAAUCAUCUCAUUUCAUGAAUUCACCUAAAAUCCAAAUAAUGUUUGUUUCUUCUCUAAAACCACAGAUUCUAAAUUUACGGUUGUAACCACAUGCAUGAUGUGUGAAGGAGGAAAUUGCUUAAAAUGAUGUAUCUUUCAGUCUGUGUCACUGUGACAUCCUCUGCGCUGUUAAUCAUUCAGGCUGUGUUACAUUAGAGCAGAUAAGUUAUUGAUCCCGUCCUGCACUCUGCUGCACCAGAAAGGCCGACAGCCUCCAGGGAGUCUACUGUAAAUGUGAGCUCUUUGCCCUCUCUCUGUCCUCACAUCCUUUCUCAUCCCCUCCUCCAUAACACCCUCUUUCACUCUCCUUUCAUCUCCACUUACUUCCUCUUAUCUAUUCCCUUUAUUCCUUUCCCUCCCUUAUUCCCCCUCAUCCCGCCUGCUAGUUGGGGCUCCUCUCUCUCUUUCUGUGCACUCUCCUCUCUUCUCUCUCUAUCCAUAUGUACAGCCUGCAUCUUCCGGUGUCCUCUAUGAGGUUGUUGUGGUACAGUAAAAGCCGGAGGGAUGAGUGGGGCAAGCAGAAUGCAAGAGUUUAAAUACUGCAGGGAGGGAGCUACUUUGGUGGUUUCCUUGGAUGGUUUAAACUGGCUUUCUAAAAGGAGAUGCAGGGACAAAAGAACUAAAAAGAGGGAUGAAGACCUCCAGCUUUUGAUGCCCUCAAGUCAGAUGAUCCAGACUGAUGAGGAGCUGCAGCCGAUCACCUAUCUCUGUGUCGUGGAUCAGAGAGGAAGCACAACCCCUCGUAUACCGAAGAAAAACAGAGACUGUAGAUCAAGCUUGGCAACAUGGCCACCCCCUGUCUCUAUCCCCCCUCGAUGGUGUUCUCCUCCAGAGAAGCCAAGUCUUAAAUAUACUUCCUUACCCUCUUGUGUCUCAGUGUGUCCCACAGGGGCUCCAUGGACAAGACUUAUUUUAGAUAUCAAGGACAUUUUCAGGCUGAUUGUAAAAGGUUUAAACAUUGUGACACAGCACGAUGCCGUGACUAUGUACAACAGGUUUAUUGUUUUUUUUAAUGAAGACAUACCAUUACAACUAUUUGGUGACAUCUGCAGCUCUGAAGAUUAUAGGACAUAUCUGGGAGAUACAGCAUGGAAUAUUGGUGAAAACAAUGUGAUAAGUGAUUUGCCAAAGUCCACCGCCAACCAGCUUCACAACCCUAACACCAACACCAACAGCUCUGCUGGGAUCCAGUGUAAAGAUCUUCAGAAAUCCUGUCAAAUCCACGGUGCUCCAAGAGUUGUAUCUAAGACGGACAAGAAAGCAAAAAGAAGGAAGAGUGUUUCUUUUGUUGAUGAUGUCAUGGUCUAUCUGUUUGACCAGGAGAGGCCCACCUUGGAGCUGCACUCUGGGCCCUGCACACCUAUACCAAGCAGCUACUCCUGCACCCUGCCAGAUGUCACAUUGGAAGACAUUGGCUUGGAGUGGGACGACGAUUUCUCAGCUUUGGAGAAAAACUGCCAUUUUCAACAUGUCAGAGACUCUCAACACUACAACUUUUCUCUGCCAACGCAGAGCUGCACAGCUCUAUCCAGACCAGAGCGUUUCUCUCUGUCCCAAACCUGCCUGUUCCUCACGCAUGUCACCGAGUCAGACCUUGAGCUGUGAGAUAAAGGGUUAUUUCACCACGUUAAUUGCUGUAGCUGUUUUUCUCUGAUGCUGUGCUCAGGAGGACAGGUUUCUUCCCAGCAUUCUACCCUUUCUCUAUUACAUAAAUAAGAACACUAAAGUUAAAAUUUCAGAAGGGAAUUGGGCAGUUUUUGAUUAAAGAUUUCAUAUUUAAAAACCCACUAGUUAAUGUUUGACAGAAAAACAUUAGCAUUGUUGCUCAAAUUAUGUUAGCCAGCUAACAUUAUGUUAGCAAGACAAUACAUUUAGACAAAAGCUAACAUUAGCAAUCCCAUUUACAUCACAUUAGUGAGCUAACAUUACAUAACAUUGUUGAAGCUUGGUGUUAACUCCUUUUCUAGUCCAUUAUUUACAGAGGUGUCAAAAGUCUUCACAUUCAUUACUCAAGUAGACGUAUAGAUACUAUAAAACUUUAAAAAGACUUCUGUAGAAGUUGAAGUAUCAUCUCAAGCUUUUUACUCAAGUUAAAUUUAUACAAGUACUGGUUUCAAAACUACUUAAAGUAUAAAAGUAAAAGUAAUGUAAGGGGAAAAAUGACAUAAAGGACAAAAGCUUAGGCUGCGCCACAGGAGCCUAUAGUGCACUACCCCACCUCCCAAAAAAACAUGUUUCUGAAUGCCAUAAUGACUAUAAUGUUAUAUUAAUAUGCUAAUGUUGAAAUAUUUGGGUUGCACCUGUUUCAGCCACGUUCAUGCCCAUUGAAAAUGAAUGCAUUUUCAUACAAUGCAAAUACAUUAAAGAACCAUAUAUGUUUACUACUGAGCAUUAACAUGUUUCAUGGAGCGGAAGAUAUAAUGACUUGUUGCCUAUAAGUAUUGUAAUGGUGCAAAAAGUCAAACUUCACAGGCAUGUUAUCAAUAGCCUUUAUUGGAAUGUAAAUGUACAUCCAAGCAUCAAGCACCCACACACAUUCAAGAUCCGGAACAGCUGGUGUUGACCAAUAGGGUCUUACUAUUGGUCAACAGGGUCUUACUAUUGGUCAACAGGGUCUUACUAUUGGUCAACAGGGGUAAUGAGGCUAUUUUUAAAAUGUAAGGAGUAGAAAGUACAGAUAAAUGCGUGAAAAUGUAAGUAGUAGAAGUAAAAAGUUGGCUGAAAAAUAAUUAUUGCAGUAAAGUUUAGAUAGCCAACAAUUCUACUUAAGUAAGGUAAGUAUUUGUACUUUGUUACUUGACACCUCUGAUUAUUUAACACUGUAAUAACAGUUAGGCUAUGUUAGCUUUCAGCCAGUUCCAAGUCAACAGUAAAUUCACCUUGUAAAUGUCUGAAUGCUAACAUUAGCUACAGUUUGGGCAUAGUGGGGUAACACAUUUGUUGUUUUAACAUGAAAUAAGGCCAUGCAGCUUUUCCUCUUUUAACUUUUCACAGCCUUUUUAGUUUCUGACUUAUUUAGAAGCUUUGUUCCUAUAUGCUAACAAUUUUUCAGAUCCCCUGAAUUUAAAACUGUGACUUCAGCAACACAACGUUACAACAGCAAGAUAGUGGAAAAUAGCUGCUGUGUGCGUAUGGUCAAAAACACAUGGUUGUAGGUGCUGGUUUUUAUGACACAGUGGUGGCAACCCUUUUAUCCCAUUUAUCUAGAGGCCAUCUCUCUGUCACCAUCGCUGUGACAUCCACACUUGUUUUUCUGUCAGACACACAGCCUUGGCCUAAUGGAAAAACUGACGAACCAUCCAGAUCUCCUCCUCUUCACCUCUUACUCCUCUCCCAGCCUCCCCUCCUUCCUCUAUUUUGAUGAGUCAGGGACUUAAACGGCUCUUUUCUCAAAACACCUGCCGUUCAUGACAUCACGGCAACGCAGGACAGUGUGACAGUGCAUUCAGCUUCCACAGUUGUUGGUAUGACACGGUCACUGACGAUGAUGUGAUAAAACAGCCUAGUUGUGUAACAGAGCUGGUACCUUUCCAGCUGUGAAGCUCUUUGGAAGCAACGUAUCAUGUCAAGUUGUGUCCUUGAAUCUGAGCUGUGAAACAGAACCAUAAAUGUUUGUGAGUUAAAUAAAUUGUAAUGUGUCUUGAUUCCAUCUUUAUUUUUAACUUGUUGAAGUACAAAGCGCAUAUUUGUUGUUUAUUCAGUUUGUUUUGCUUAAACAGAGCUUGCUUGUGAAGGCCCUGUUUGCCUGCCUCAUUACUGAAGUGUGUUCAGCUCAGAAUUUAUCAGCGACUGCAACUGAAUAAACAGUGUGAGCUGAAGCCUUACGGCCAGUAGAGACAGAAACUGAACAAACUAAAAGUAAUAGAUACCGUUCCCAAAGAGCAAGCAUCAGCGAGGUUUGGUUGAUUAGAUACAGUGUACCUGAGGAAGAAAGGAAACCUGGCAGGACCAGCACACACACACACACACACACACACACACACACACACACACACACACACACACACACACACACACACACACACACGCAUGCUGUUCAAGGUCACCAAAAGCUAAAAGUGUGUUUGUUGGAGAGCUGAGAGCGCCACACCUGUACAUUAUUACACAUUAGUGAUAUCCAGUGCUAAUGUUUCUAACAGUCAUUAAUUUGUAAAAGUCUGAGAAAUGUUAUUUUUAAACUUGGCUACCAUAAAGUUCAGUUUUUAUUACUGCAUUAAUGCUUUCUGGUAUUUAUUUUGAAAAAUUCACAUAUAUGCUCCAACUGGCUGUCCUAUAAGUGUUUUCUAAGCUAAUGUGUCACUUUGGCAUCAAAAUGGAAAUAGUCCUAGCAAUAUAAUCUUGUGGCAGAAAAUGAACAACAAAAUUAAAUAAAUAACUUAACUUAAGUAGAGCUUGCUGGCUGCUAAUGUUUCCUCAGUGUGCUAGUGCUUCCUUACCUUCUGUCUUUGGUACAAAAGGUUUCUGACAACUGUAAAGGACAUUUUUGUAAUUUCUUUUUUUUUUUUUUGGAUGAAUUGAGCACAUUUAGAGACUAUUGUUAAAGUAUCAUGAUUUCAAUUUAUUAAACAUCAGAAAACUG